AUGCUGAAGGUGCUGAAGGUGAUUGAUGCGAAGAUGCAGUCUUGGCGCCUGUGUUCGUCGGGCAUGUAUCCUGGAUUAAAAGUCGACUUAAUAUUCGGGUCAAUUGUUUCUGCCAUUUUCAUCAGGGACAAUUUCAGAUAUUCUUGGACUUCGGGAAUUUCGAUGACCCAGCGUGGGAAUCUCCACGGUGCUCUUGUUCUUGGCUUGAAUGGUGCGGAACCGAGGGUGAACUCGAUUCCGCAGUGGUCGGCUUUAUUGGGCUGGACGAAGUCGAUGCGAGCGCUUCGGUUUGGGCUAGAGCUCAUGACGGCCCUCGCGACGGGCUCUGCUAAUGGUGUGGACUUGAUCGAGCUGGGUCGAAAAGACGGUAUUAAAGUCUCCGAGAGCUAA